CGUGAACUUCUCAUCAGCAGGUGCCAUCGUGAUGCGUGACGCAGCCUUGGGCAAACAAUCCAGUCGGACAGGCUUGGCUACCGCUGGCUUCCACCAUUUCCCCAACCCCUCUCCGCAUUUAUAUCGAUCGAAGCAAUCAUGUCCAUGCUUCCUCGUCUUGCUCGACCGGCAUUGGCCGCCGGAGCGCGUUCCGGCGCUGCUCAGGCCCCUGCUCUGGCCGGCUUCCACAGCUCCGCUACACAGUUGGCUACUCUGAGAGAGUUGGAACAGCGCGUCAAGAGUGUCAAGAACAUCGAGAAGAUUACAAAGUCGAUGAUGAUGAUUGCCUCUACCAAGCUUCACAAGGCUCAAAGGGCUAUGAAGUCCGCUCAAGCUUACGGAGAGUCCAACAAUGAGAUCUUCAAGAACUCCGAGGCGGUCGCUCCCGAGGGCGGAAACCAGCUUUUCAUCGUCGUGUCCUCCGACAAGGGUCUUUGCGGAGGUAUUCACUCAUCCGUCUCGCGCAAGGUGCGCUCCGAGCUGGGCAAGAUUGGUGGUGAAGCUGCCGCAUCCUCCGACAGCGCUGAAGGACCCAAAAUUGUUGUUUUGGGAGAAAAGUCCAAGGCUCAAUUGGCACGUGCUCUUCCCAAGAACCUCGCUUUGAGCUUCAACCAAAUUGGCAAGGAUGUUCCUACGUUUGCGGAUGCUAGCGCUAUCGCAGACCAAAUUGUCAGAUCCGGUGUCAAGUUUGACAAGGUCAACAUCAUCUACAACGCUUACGUCUCUGCCAUCGCUUUCGAGUCCCGCAUCAUGGAAGUCUUUAGCGAAGAGGCUCUUCGCAACGGUGCCAACUUCAACGCUUACGAGCAAGAGGAUGACACCACCAAGGACCUUGCCGAGUUUUCCCUCGCCAACGCCAUCUACGCUGCUCUCGUCGAGGGUCACGCUGCAGAGAUCAACAGCAAGCGUAACGCUAUGGACAACGCUUCCAAGAAUGCUGGUGACAUGAUCACCAACCUGCAGAUGCAGUACAACCGUGGUCGUCAAGCCACCAUUACCAACGAGCUCGUGGACAUCAUCACUGGUGCAUCUGCCCUCUAGACUCGUCGCCACUCUCUCAUGUAGUGCAGUAAGCUCAAUACAAUUGCAAUGAUGCGGUGAUUGGA